UGGUUGCAAUGUUUCCAUUGCAGAGAACUGUCACUUUGCCUGGGUCAGUUGGCAACAGACCAUCGGUGGUUGUGUUUCAUUUUAAUAAUAUUUUUUUUUUUUUGUUAUACAUUGUCCAAAGAUCCACACACUACACGAGGUUUUUUUUUUUCAUUUAUUUGUCUGUUUUAUUUUUUAUUUUGUGUUGAAUCAUUACAAUAAUUGCUUCUUUUACUCAAUCUAAAACAUAAGUGAUUUUUAAAAAACAUUUAUUGCGUUUUUAAUAUUAAAAACGCCAUUUAAUUUUAUUAUUUAAAAAAUAAAAAAAAAUAAAAUCCAUUGUGUAGUUUUUAUUGAGAGGUGUGAUAAUAUGGACAUGGAUUCUGACGAAAUUAUUUGACCCAAGUGAUCAGCUCCUUGCUCGGUUGAUUGUGUUAUUUUUUGUCAGUUAUUACCAAAUCGAAAUGUAUUGUCUUGGUGGUGUUACGGAGAGCUCAACAAUGACAACAAUGAGUACAUCACCACUAGGAAGUAUGAGUGCAAAUCGAGAAGGUAUUUUGAGUGUAAUCCGAGCACUUGGAGUAUUAGUAUGUGAAGGAAGAAUUCAAGGUUCACCACGUGGUUAUAGAGAAGGUCCACAUUGUGCUGCACCACUUCAAUCACCAAUAAAUCAACAUAAUUGUAAAAAAGAUGAUUACAUGUGUAAUAGAUAUGUCAUACUGGUUAAAGAAAUAGCUGAUAGAACAGCAAUGGGUACAAGUUUAUGUGUUGAAGUAUUUAUGUGUUCUGAUUGUCCAUGUGGUCUUGCAACAGCAACAUGUAAUGAUCCAGUAUCAUCAUCAAUACCAUCAACAUUAUUACAAUGGUCAAAUACAUCAGAAAUUGUACUUGAAUAUUGGUGUAUUAAAAUAGUAUCAAGUAAAAAUUCAGAAACAAUGAAUAUUCAAGGUUUAUAUCAAGCUGUACGUUCACGUUUACAUUUUAGUCAAAUUGCUGCAUGGUGGUCACGUAGUAAUGGCACAAAACCAUCAUAUAUAUCAACACGUAUUGUUAAUAAUAAUCAAGAUAAUUUACGUAAAUUUCGUGAAACACCAAUUAAACAUACAUUUCCAUUGGCAUCAAUUGGUGAUGGUAAUUCAGUUGAAGUAACAUUAUGGGCAUUACCAAGACUUGAAGAUGUACCAGAGCUAUUAUGUACAAUUCAUCAAUCAAUUGCUGUUGUUAAUAAUGAUGAUGAUAAUGUUGCAUGUGCAUUAACACCAUCAACAACAGCAUUGACAGCAAUAACAACAGCAGCAACAGCAACAACAACGACAUCAUCAUCAGCAUCAUUUUUAACAUUAAACAAUGGUAAUAAUGAUAAUGCAAAUAUGAUAUUACCAAUAAUUGUUGAUGAUAGAUUACAAACAUCAUGUGAACAAUCUGGUAAACAUCAUUGUCAUUGUGAAGAUGAAGAAAGUAGUCCACCAUCACCAUCAAUAAAAUUAAAUGGUGAAAGAAAACGUAGAAGAUCAUUACCAUGUGGUCCAUCUGAUCAAACAACACCAUCAACAUCAAAUUUUGGAAAUAAUAAUUUAUUAUCAUCAGUAUCAGAAGUAAAUUCAACAAAUAAUAAUAAUAUAAUUGAUAAAAAUGAUGAUAGUAAUAUAUAUUAUGAUGAUAAUAAUAUAAUGAAUGAUAAAUUAACAAGUGAUAAUUUAAAUUAUAUUAUAUUAAAUAAUCAUGAUAAAUAUUCAACAAUAAAUUAUCAAUCAAAUAAUGAUGAUAAUGAUGAUAAUAAUGAAAAACGUUAUAAACCAUCAUCUGAAGCUUGUAUACAUUUUGAAACAUUAAAAUUAACAAAUGAUAAUCAAUUAUUAAAUAAUACAAAUAAUAAUAAUAUUGAUAAAUUAAAAACAAAUGUUAUUGUUAAUCCAUUUUAUUCAACAAUAAAUAAUCCAGGACCAUCAAAUUAUAAUAAUAAUAAUCAAUUAACACCAUGUAACGUUCAUAAUAAAAUUAUUAAAAAACCACAAGAUAUUAUUGAAAAUAAUAAUAAUAUUAAUAAAAAUAAUAAUGAAAAAAAAUUAAUAUUACCAUCUGGUGAAAUAACACAUUUAAUGUCAAAAUUAUCAUUUCCAAAAGAUAAAACAAAAAAAUAUAUUAAAGAUGAAGUUGGUAUUAUUGAUUGGAUUAGUAAAGUACCAAAUAGAGUACUUAAUGUUAAUAAUAAUAAUAAUAAUGAUAAAUGUAUUGAACAAGAUAAAAAUAAAAAAUUUAAUAGUAAUAAUUGUAAUUUAGAAUUAAGUCAACGUGAAUUUAAUGAAGUAUUGGCUGUAUUAAGAACAAAAACAACAUCAAGUAAACGUCGUACACCAGUUAAAAAUCAACGUAAAAAAGAUAAAUAUCAAUUUGAUGAACAAAUAAAUAUUAAAAAUUCAACAAUUAAUAAUAUUAAUAAACAAAAUAAAAAUAAUAUUAAAACAAAUACAAUUAUUAAUUAUAAAAAUAAUAAUAAUAACGAUACAAUAUUAUGUGAAAAAAAUGAUAAUAAAGCUGAUAUUUUACUUGGUGCAAUAUUACGUGUUAAUGAUAGAAAAGGUUUAAGUGAUAUAUCAAAUGGUAAAUGUACAAUAACAUCAAAUUCAAUUGAUUCAACAUCAACAUCAACGUCAACAUCAACAAUAACAUCAUCAUCAUCAACAACGAAUGACGAUGAUGAUGGUGGUGAUGAUGAUGAUGAUGAUGAUGAUAAACAAAGACAAUUAUUAUCAUUAAAAAUAAAACCAUUAGAUGAUGAAAAAUUUUUACCAUCAGUUAUAAAUAAACCAUUAUUACGUAUUAAAAAAUUAUUUAAAAAAGAACAAGAGCCAAAAAUUUAUACUGAUAUAUCACAAGAUGAUGAUGAUGAUGAUGAUGACGAUGGCAAUGCUAAACAUGAUUUACGUAAAUUAAAAAAAAAUAAUAAUAUUAAUAAUACAGUAAAACGUAAAAUUGAUUUUGCUGAUUUUAAUAUAGCAUAUGAGCCACUUGUUAAUGAUACAAAUAAUAAUAAUAAUAAAACAGAUGAAAAAAAAAUGAAUAAAUAUGGCUGUGAAACAAUGAUUAAUAAUAAUGAUGAUAAUGAUGAUGAAGAUGAUGAUGAGGAUGACGAGGAUGUGAUAGAUAAAGUUGAUAAUGUAUAUUAUGAUGAUGAUAUUAAUGAUAGAAAUGUACCAUCAGUUAUUGAACAAGAAAAAUUUAGACGUUCACUUGAAAAUGCAGCAUCAAUGGUAUUUCAUAGUAGAACUGGUUUACCAUUAACAUCAAGUCCAGCACCAUUAAGAAGAGGUCAUUGUUGUUUUGAUUAUGAUAGUAGUUUAAAUACAGUAUCAUCAAAACGUAGUGCUAUAUUUGAAUUAAAUACACCACCAAGUCCAGGUGCAGUAUCAUUAGAAGAAACUGAUCGUGAAGUUGAUAAUAUAUGUUAUAAUAAUGAUAAUAAAUUAAAAAAACGUUCAUUAUCAUCACGUAUACGUCCACAAAGUCAUGCAUUACUUGGUAAUUUUGAAGAAUCAGCAUUAAAUGGUAGACUUGAGCCAGUAUCAACUGUUCAUGGUUUUACUGCUGAUAUUGGUGCAAGUGGUUCAUUUUGUCCAAAACAUAGAAAAUUACCAGUAACUGUAUUUUUUUAUACACUUGGUGAUAAUGAUAAAGUAUCAACUCCAUAUUUAGCUCAUAUUAAUCUUGAAAAAAAAGGUUAUCAAGUACCAAGAAGUGGUACAAUACAAGUUACAUUAUUAAAUCCAUUAGGUACUGUUGUUAAAAUGUUUGUUGUACUUUAUGAUUUAUCUGAUAUGCCACCACGUUCACAUACAUUUUUACGUCAACGUACACUUCGAGAUAAAACAUUACGCUACCUCAUUCAUCUCAGAUUCAUGUCUGGUAAAUCUGGAAGAAUUUAUCUACAUACUGAUAUAAGAAUAAUAAUAUGUAGAAAAUCAGAUGUUGAUACUGCAUCAGAUUUUGGAUUAGAACCACAAAAAGAAUUGAGAAGUUAUAUACACGGUCCUACUAAUCCAAAAUUUUCACCAAGAUGCUGAGCCUCGUGGUUUAUAACGUGGGGAUGUUGUCAACCUUUUCGUAUAUCUAGUCCUACCCUCAGCGUUCAUGUGUAAUUUAUUAUUUGACAGUAAACAAACGAAAUAUCUCAAAAUCAAUAGUUAAUUAUAAAGUCAAUCAUUGUCAAUUCAUUAUUAAAUUAUCAAGCAAAAUAUAAUAAUGACUUUAUUGUUUUUGAAUAAAAUUGUAAAUAUUAUUUUAUUUUUUUUUUUUUCGAAAUUUCAAAUACAAUAAUAAUAAUUCAUUCACGUUUACUGAAUUUAUACUGCCAUGGGUAGCGAUUCUAUGAUAAAACAAGAAAAAAAUUUGUAAAUAAAUAAAAGUAAAUUAGAGAUUAAUAUUCAAAUUAAAUAAUAUAUAUAUCAACAAAAUUAAUUAAAUAAUAAUAAAAAUAUUUUCCUUGCCAUUAUGUUGAUGAAAAAAUAAAAAAGAAUAAAAAAAAUAUUUUGGAAUAAUUUAAGAUUUAAAAGAAAAAAAACAAAUAGACAAUUAAUAUUAUUAAUAAUAUAAAAGAACACAUUUUUUUGUGUCUGUAGCACUGUGAUGAAUGUAUUGAAUAAGUAUAAAAAAAAUAUAAAUAAAUAAUAAAUUACAUAUUUAAAAUGGAUAAAAAUAUUCCAUAAUUAUAUUUAUCUUUAAAUGUCUUAUUUAUCGUAUUUUUAAAUCAUAAAAAAUUGAUAGUUGAAAAAAAAAAAAGUUAUUUUUAAAUUAACAUCACUUGUUGCUUUAAAAAUUUUUAUUUCAAUAAUAAUUAAUUCUAAUUUAAUAGCAAUAAAAUUAUCAUCGAGCAUAAUAAUUAAAUGAUUAAUAAUUAAUAUAAAUUAAUAAAUUAAUUAUUAAUAAUAUUUUAAAAUAUUAUGUGGUUCUUGUAGUUUUGUUGAUGUUAAUAAAUAUAUUAUGACGAAAUAAUUGUUUGCAUAAACCACUGCCAUGGCGUCCUGUAUUUUUCAUAGAAUAAAACAGGCUCAAGGAAAUAAUAAUAUAACAAAUAAUUAAAUACAAAAAAGGUUUAUGAAACUUUUAAAAACGUUAAAAAAUAUAAAUUAGUUUUAAGUGAGGCUUCAAAAUUUCAAUCUUCACUAUCAUUUUUAAUCAAGUUAAAUAAAAAAUUUGUGUUCAGCAGCUUAACAAUGAAUAUCAAAAUAAUUUAAAAAAAUAAUUCUUUAAUAGCCAGUGUGAUAAAUAAAAAAGUUCUUGAUGUUUUGAAUGAUAUAUUUCAAAAAUUAAUUGAUGAUAAAAACAUAACAAAAAAUUUAAAAAAAAAAAAAAAGUAAUUGCUUCUUUAUUUUUCCAUCAAUAUAAAUGAUGUUGUAAAUAAUAAUAAUAAUAUAUAAAAUAAUCCUAUAUUUUGUGUACACGAGGUGCCAAAUUCGCAUGCGUUAUUUUUUAGUUUAAAUUAUUUUUAAUCAAGUUCGCAUAUAGAUGAAUAUAAUUAUUUUGCAUAUCGAUAUAUAUAUAUGUAUAUUUGUGAUUAUAUUGUAUGACAAAAAUUUUAUUUGCAAUUUAUGUAUGGUAUAGCUUUAUUUGCAAUAAAAUUAAAAAAUUAAUCAGCUUUAUUCUUUGAAAAUAUGUUAAUUUAUUUGCAAUUAUAUAUUACGUUAAAAUUUUUUACAAAAAAUUUAAUUAAAUGUGUCAUUACGUGAAUCUUGAUAAGAAAAAAUUAAAAAAAAAAAAUUUGAUAAUUUUUAAUGAUAAAAAUAAAGCCAAAGUAAUUAUUACGAAAGAUUCAUAAUAAAUUUCGAAAAAAAAAAAUAUAAAAUAUGACAUCAAUUUGAAGCUAAUAAUUAAUUGUAUAUUUUAUUUUUUUUUUUUAUAAAAACAAUAUACUAAUUUAUAAGUUUUUUAAAUUUCAUUUAAAUAACACCAAUUUGACAUGCGUGUCCUAGGUCACUUCACAUUGGCUUGGAUAUAUAUAUAUUUUUUUUUUUUUAAAGCGCAGA